UUGCCAGCGCCAUGAGAAAACUGCGGGUCUUUGUGGCAGUUGUCAUCAUAACCCUCACCUUAGUGAACUUUUUCUCAUCGUAUCUUCACAUUACAACUAGGAGUCGUUCACAAGCACUGGCUAGUGAUUUAAGACGUCUAGCAAAAGACCUUUCCGAGACACAACGCAGCUUGGUACGUUUUCCAUUGCAGUUCUACAAAGUUGAACGAAAUAUUGAGCUUUUAAAGCAACUAAUAAAAUCUGUGGAUCGACAACCACUGCAAAAGGACACCGUUUCCAGCGAUUCCUCAUCAGAAACUUAUGUUAAGAAGAGAGAGGUUUGUCCCGAGAAAUUUAUGGGAAAGGAUUCUAAUUAUGGAUUCCCAUUUUUUUAUAGGAAAGGUUUCGAGGGAGAAAAUUGCACAGACUUUGUUCCAAUUGAUGAACUUGUGACUAUGAUUAUGACAUCACCAAAGGAACUAUCACCUGAAAAGCUGAGAAAAGUGUUUGAAGGAAUUGCCACACAUUAUCCAAGCGUUCCUGUAAUAUUUGUGUCAAACAAAACAUUAAAGUUCAAGAGGCUAAGAGACGAAGGUUUAAAUCUAACGUUCAUGGCAUUUGAUGACCUUACACAUGGAGAAACAUGGUCCAAGUUACUCAAGAUGGUGGCCACACCCUAUACAUUGUUUGCACCGGAUAUCACUUACUUCACGGAUGAUGUUAAUCUUGAACGCCUUGUACGGGUACUAAGUGAGAACAGGAAUGUCAUGAUUGCAGGAGGAAGCCAAAAGAAUCAACGGGGGGAGUGGGACAAUAGCUGUCGUCAAGUGCAAUUCAGAAAUUGGACUGCAUAUUUUGAAGACGGCUAUCACUACUCGUUUAAUGAUUGUAUAAGAUGUGAUGUACUGCUUGGUCCAUUUGUGGCAAAAACCAAAGAACUUCAGGAUCUUGGAAUCGAUGAAAAAUUACAUUUCGGUGCCUUUCAAGACAUAUUCUGGCGAUUAAAACUCAAACAUCCAGAGAAAGUUGUUGCCAGCUGUCCGGAUGUCAUGUUCGAUAUAUAUGAGCGAGAAGUUCCAGAUGAAAAAUAUGAUGCCUUGGCCCAGAAAUGGGAUGUGAAGAAAUGGGUGGAGUCUAAUGGGCAAGUGCGUUGGUAUGGGUGCCGAAGAGGAGGGCAUGCCCGUGAUAAUAAAUCGUCCUGUGGUAUACCAGCCACAGGACUCGCUGUUCCUCCUUGUGACUUGGAGAAUCUUGCUGACAUAGUCAAGUUUAUCAUGAAGGAAUGUGAAAAUGCUGGGGUUUACUGUCAACUUAAUGCAGGAACUCUAUUAGGAGCUGUUAAAUUCAAAAAGGUUUUGCCAUGGGAGCGCGAUGCUGACAUCUAUUUUCUUUCGGAGAACUACACAGCAAUUCAAAAGCUUCGUCCAAGAUUCGAAGCAGCAGGCUAUAAAUUUGAUGAUAGAAAAGGAACUGAAUGCUGCACAGAUGGACGAAAGACAUCCGGCAUUUUUGUAAUCUAUGGAAAUGGCUGGGGUGUUGACUUUUACGGUAGACCUAGACUUGAGUCCGAGAUGCUUGUAGCUGAUGGUCAGCAGCCAACUAAAGUGAUGUUUGCUGGUCAGUGGGUUACUGCCACGCGCAAUCCAGGACUUUCCUCUCGUAAUCGAUAUGGACCCAACAUGUAUCAUCAUGUAGAGCAUUGGGCAGUUGUAGGAAACGCAAAUGGGGAUGCGCUGUACAAAUCGGGUGUCUGGAUCAAAUGUUCCAGGCCUGGACACACGGGGUGUCUAGACCAGUUCCGCACUGAUGGCGAUCUUCAAUUUGGUGACUACUUCAUGACUUAAUUUUUUUCACAGCAAGGACAUGGAAUGAGCAAACAGCGGCAAAUUUUAUGAAAUGUAUCAAGGUAGCUGUUUAUGGAAAUGAUCUUUAAAAAGCUAAGAAGUAGGGUGUCGUUUGCACAAAUUGUUUAGGAAUAUUACAAGGGUUAGAUAAGGGGCCCAACAUGAUUUGUAGUAAAUAAAGGUUGAGUAAGAUAGAAGAUAGACAAACAAGGACAUGGAGGAGGGCUUGUUGCCUCCACAUUCUCUUUGCUGAGUAUUCAAUUAACAUGUCAGUGAAC